AUGCCUCACAAGCAUAAGCGGAAGCGCGGUGACGAUGGCGACUAUGAACUGCCGCCGACACAAAAGGCCCGGUCGCUGCCCACUCUUUCUGGCAAGGGACGCGUAACUGCAAAGGCAGCCAGCAAGCGCAAUGGCAAAUCGAACGCGACGACGACGGCAGUAACGACGACCAAGAAACCCAAAAGCCGGAGCAAAGACAACGAUACGCCGCGCGCAUUCCGGCGACUCAUGGCCGUCGCCCAAGGGAAAAAGGUUCGAUCCGGCCUUGACGAUGGAGCGGAUAAGAGCAAACCGUCGUCUGCUGCGGUCGACGUUGCCCCGGAAGCACCACGUAUCCAGCCCGGAGAGGACCUGAGGUCCUUCGCCGCUCGCGUCAAUGCCGCCUUGCCCGUGUCCGGACUCACCAAGAAGACCAAGAUUCGGGAUGGAAAGGACGAACAGGGCCUCAAAGUCUACCGGACCAUCAAGGAACGCAAGAUGCACAAACUGUACGACCAGUGGCGGGCAGAAGAGCGGAAAAUACAGGAGAAGAGGGAUGAACAGUUGGAGUUGGAGGUGGAGCGCGAGCUGGAGAACGACGCCGCCGGCAUCCUUUCUUCUACCGCCUUCAAGGAAGAAUCCACCGAAGGCGGCGGCAAGAAGAAGGGCCGGAGGCGGCGUGGGAAGCCAGACGAGGACAAAGACGAGGAUCCCUGGCUCGCGCUCAAAAAACGGCGCGGAGAGGUCAAGAUUGGCCUUCACGAUGUGGCACAAGCGCCCCCCGAGCUCCAUAAGAAGAUUCGACAGCCGCUCAGGAUUGGCGAUGCUGCCGUCGACGUCGACAACGUGCCCAAGGCCGCUGGAAGUCUGCGACGGCGCGAAGAGCUGCAGGUGGCGAGGAACGAUAUCAUUGAUGCAUACAGAAAGAUUCGCGAGCAUGAGCAAGCCAAGCUCGACGGCCAGAGAAAGAAGGCGUAG